AUGGCACCCUUCCUCCUCAAUACUAGCACUGUAUACCAGAAGCCUCCCAUCAAUCUCCCCGCGCCGCUAAACUGCACUCAGAUCGACACGGCCAGCAUGAGCCUCGACAUUGGCGGUUUCCGGAGACAAUACCGCUAUUUACCUACCUGGACAGUGACCGUUGCAUCAAGAGGCUCUCUGAUCCUCGUAGACUCGCUGGCCGCCGUCGUGACCUGGUGCCAAAUACCUGCGGCGAUUAAACUGAGAACAGGUAGCACGAAGCGGCCUUCCCUCGAACAGGUGAUGUGGGAAAAUGGAGCUGUCUAUUUCUGCACACUGGUCUCCCUGAAUGUGGUGAACUGUGUGUUUGUCAUACUUUCGAUUGCCAUACAACAGGGUGGAGGAACCUCAUAUGUUGUGACUUUUAUUGACCCCAUCUCCUCUAUACUGAAUAGCCGCUUCCUGCUCGCUCUCCACGAGACGAAUGCGCGGCUUGAAGGGGCGGCCGACGAGUCCAUGUCUUCCCUCUCUCUCGACACAGGCAGCGGCGACGACCGGCGGGCAGGCUCGCCUGAGCUCCCGGAAUUCCUUGGCGUCCUCGGGGGCCCGAUCCACUCAUUCCACGACGAGGACGAGGACCUGCGAUCUCUCACGUUCGCGUCGCCGCAGGAGGAGGAGCAUGAGAACGAGACGGAAGGAGAAAUUCAGGAAAUUGGGAGAGAUGGAGGAAAUACGGUCUGA